GCGCAAUGACGUCAUGCAGCCCACAAAUGCGGACUAAUAGACUGCAAAUGCCGGAUUCAGACAUAGCUAUCGCAAACUAUCACGUCUUAAGACGUUUUUUCGCGACGUAUGGCAACAGACGUGGAGACCGGACGUAUCCACCGGGCUGCGGUAUGUCUAUGUGUCAUCUGCGGCCUUCCUGCGGCGGGGAAGUCCUCUCUGUCUCGUACAGUUUGUCACUCCGCAAAUCGGCGUGGUUGGAGAGCCACUACAUUGCAGUACGACGAGCUGAUCCCAGUUCAAGCUUUUUACGCCAGAGAUGCAGAGGAGAACACAGAAUGGAAGCUUUACAGACAUGCAGUGCUGCAGUGCAUUGAAGAGUUCCUGAAUAAUCCAAAAGGGUCGCUCGAUAUUCCCAGCGGCUGCAGGAUCGACGGUGCUGCGUGGGAGCGAUGCGUUAGAUCUCUUCUGGACCCUACCCAGGCCAACCAGGUGCCACUGCUGUUUCUCUUGGAUGACAACUUCUACUACCCGAGCAUGAGAUAUGAGGUCUACCAACUGGCUAGAAAGUGUAUGCAUGUUCUUCAAGGAUUCAGCAGAAUCUCUUCUUGUUUAGUCAGCUCACCAGUUUAUAUGCGUGUUACAGAUUCACUGAGCUUUUGCCAGGUAUAUGUGCAGUGCUGCUUGGAGUCGUGCAUCAGCAGGAACAAGAACAGGCCUCAUCCUGUCCCCACUGAGGUGAUCGAGGAGAUGGAGAAGCGUUUGAAGCAGCCAAAUCCUAAGAAGAACCAGUGGGAGGCGAAGAGUGUUUCAGUCAACGCGACAGACAACGUUUCAGAGUGUGACAUUCAGAGGGUCAUGGAGUUGAUCUGCUCUGCACUCAGCGACCCUCUAAGCCCAGUUGUGGACGACACCGAGCAAAAGGAGGCUGACCGCCAAAAGUGUGCCACCAGCGUGGUUCACCGGGCUGACCAGGCCUGUCGGCGUCUCAUCUCUGAGGCCUUGAAGAAAUCCAGGGAAAAUGGAGUACCCUCUGAACACAUGAGGUCCAUGGCCGCUCAGCUCAAUGAAUCCAAAGCGCAAUUUCUCUUAAAUGUGCGCAAACAUUUUCUUCAGGAGGCACCUUUUAUUCGAGAAGAGGACCUCGAUGUGGAGCAUGUGAUGAAGAGAGCCGUGGAACUUUUUGAUCAUGACAAACAGGAAAUACUGUCGAAAAUAAUAAUAAAAAAGGACUAUUCGUGAAUGGUGACAAAAUGUAUGCGACAAAUCUGAUGGCAAUGGCAUUUAUUGUAUUAAACAUUGUUAAUAUGUGCAUGAUCUAGAUUGUGUGUCUACUGAGAAUAAAGUUAUUAUUUGCUAUAAAAUAUUUUCCAGCACCUAAAAAGAAAUUAAAGUAAAAUUUUCAAUCUGAAAGUAACCAUUUCACUUUUUAUACGACCUUAAGGAAAACUGCACUUUUAGAAACAUGUUGCCCAUCAUCCACAAUCCUUAUGUGAGACAUGAGCACACAUCUUUCUCUUUUCUGUGCAUUAUGAAGAUAUAAAAACAGCUAAGAAACGUAGUACCGCUUAGUUGCUGGGGACAAUUAGUAAAGAGUUUGGCUUCUCAAAACGAUAUGCAUUCAAAAGAUUAAUACAUUUGCAUCACAAAAAUGCCUUCUCAAAAAAAUCUGAAAAAUACGGCAAAAUACUGUAAGUAUUACAUGUUAUCAUGAAUGUACCUGUUACUACAUGGUUACAGCAUGCAUAUAAAACCAUAAAACCUUGUUGGAGCUUUUUGGAAGUGUUUUAAUAGCGGGCUUUGUAGGGGAAUUGAUGUGUCCCAUAACGUGUGUUUAUUACCUGCCUCUUU